AUGAAUAUAAAUAAAGUGGAAAACAGAAAUGUUUUCGAAUGCAUAGAAAUGGAAGAGAUAAAAAAAAUUACAAGAUAUGAAGAGAACUCAGAUGAUCAUAUAAUUUUUGAUGAUUUAAGUGAAUAUUCUCCGAGUAUUAUAAGUAAUAAUGAUAAUAUUCAUGUAGAAAAAAAAAUAGUAGAUGAGAAAUUAUUACAAAGUAUGAUAAAUUCUGAUAAUCUUUUAAAACAUAAUCAAUUGAAUUGGUAUGAUAAUUUAGAUGCUGAAGAAUAUAAAGAUAAUUCUAUAUUUAUGGAAACUAAAAGUAAAUUCACUAAUAUAAUGUUAGGGGUUUCUUCUGUUUCGAUGAACCCUAAUAACAUAAGAGAUAAUAAUGUGUUUUUAACAAACAAAGAUGUCAAUACAUUCGAAAUAAAUAAUAUUAAUCUUCCUCAACAAAAUGGUCUAAUUCAUAUGAAUACAAUCAAUGUUAGUAAUGAUAAUUAUGAACAAAAUAAAACCGAAGAAAUAUGCGACACGACAAAAAGUGACAACUCUUUUUUAGAUAUUGAUCAAGAACAUGAAAAAAUAAAGAUAGGAGAACAGCAAGAAAUUGAAGUAAUAAAAGUAAACGAAUCUAGAGAAAAUCACUCCUCAAAAGAAUCCACAAAAUGUCAGGAUGGCGAAGCAGCAAAUGUUGAAGAAAAUGAAGAAAAUGAAAAAAAUGAAAAAAAAGAAAAAAAUGAAAAAAAUGAAAAUAUCGAACAAAAUAAAAAUGUUGAACAAAAUAAAAAUAUCGAACAAAAUAAAAAUAUCGAACAAAAUAAAAAUGUUGAACAAAUUAAAAAUGUUGAACAAAAUAAAAAUAUCGAACAAAAUAAAAAUAUCGAACAAAAUAAAAAUAUCGAACAAAAUAAAAAUAUCGAACAAAAUAAAAAUAUCGAACAAAAUAAAAAUAUCGAACAAAAUACAAAUAUCGAACAAAAUACAAAUGUUGAACAUAAUAAUAUAGAAUGUUAUACAAAUUUACCCCUAAACCAAAUAGAAGAAAAAAAAAAUGUGGACGAUGAUAAUUUAAAUAUAACCACCGAAAUUAAUAAAACACAACCAUUUUCUGUCGCAUGUAACAAAAAAGAUGAAUCGUCUUUUAAAAGCAUGUCUAGUAAAAGUAACAUGAUAAAAAAAAAAAAUCAUGAGAAAGAUAGUGUAGAAAAUGAAGAUUAUAAUACAAAGAAAGAAGAUAUUGUAGUAAAGGAUACAUUUAAUUUAUUAAAUAAACUUAAGACCAAUCAAAAAAACAGAGAAUAUUCAAAUAGUUCCCUUUCUAGUCUUAGCGAUGCUGUAACGAAUAAUAAAACGUUGAAACAUUUUUCUUCAUCCAAUUAUAAUAAGAUAAAAUCAAAAUUAAGUAAACCUUUUAUGAACAAUAAGUAUAGUGAUCACUCAUGUAAUGAUAAAAAAGGAAAAGAAAAAAAUGAAUAUAAUAAUAAUAAUAAUAAUGAUGAUGAUGAUGAUGAACAUGAUAUUUGUGACAACAAUAAAAAUGUAUAUGACAAUUCUCAAAAUAUUUUAACACAAGAACAAAAUUAUAUGAAAAAUAUUAUUAGUAAAAUAGAAGAAUCUGUACAAAAAAAAAAAAAAAAAAAAAAAACUAAUAAUAAUAAUAAUAAUAAUAAUAAUAAUGAUGAUGAUAAUAAUGAAAAUAAUUCAAGUGAAGAUCAGUAUUCUUCGGAGUUUACCUUAAAAGAUAAUAAUAACUAUUAUGAUGAUCAUAUGAACAUGAUUCUUACAAGUAACGAGUGUAAUGAACCUAAUAAAAUAAAUUAUAAUAAUUUAAAUGAUUCGGAUAAUGUUCGUCCUAUUGAAGGAGACAUAAUGAAUAAUCCCAUGUCCUUAUCAACUCAUAUAAAUAAUAAUGAUAAAAAAAAAUUAAGACGCUCUUCUAUGAGCGGUUCUCUAAAAACAUAUAAUUCAUAUAAUUUUAAAAACAUGACAUCUAUAAAUAAUCGUGAUAAUAAUUUAAAUUCAUUUUUGAAGAAAAAGAUGUAUAGUACCGGUAGUAUGUAUGAUAUAAAAGUACCUAUUAAAAAAUAUUUCCAGGGGUUAAAAAAAAUUAAUAAUUUAUUAUCCAAAGGUAAUAAUAAUGAUAUUGUGGAUGAUGAAAAUAUGAACGAUUUUGUGGAUGAUGAAAAUAUGAACGAUUUUGUGGAUGAUGAAAAUAUGAACGAUUUUGUGAAUGAUGAAAAUAUGAACGAUUUUGUGAAUGAUGAUGAAGAGGAAGUUGGUGCUUCCCAUUUUAUAGUAAAUAAUAAUAAUGAUGAUCAAGAUAAAUACAAUCUUGUGAAUAAAAUAAAUAUGGAAAAUCUUAACAAAAUGAACAAAGAAAAUAUACCGAAGGAUGAAGAUAACAUGAUGUAUUUAAAACAAAGUGAUAGUAAAAACAGCUUUGAUAAUUAUUGGGAUGUAGACGAUAUUAAUAAGAAGGGUCCUUUCCCGUCAUCAAAAUUGAGUGUCUUUUUAAAUGAAAAUGGGAAUAAUGAACAAGUUCAUAAUAUGCAACUUGAACUUAAUAAUAUACAACAUUAUGAUAACAAAGGAGAUGUUAAACAACGUAAUAAUUAUGUUAUGGAAGAAAAUUAUUUAGUAGAAAAUUUUAUUAACAAAAAAAGCAACGAUCUAAAAAGUGUUCCAUAUGAUGAUAAUCUUACUAAUCUAAAUACAAAUGAAAAUAAUGUGUAUAAUAAUGUAAAAGACGAAAUAGAAGUUUCAAUAAAUAAAAAUACAAAUAAAAAUAUAAUUAAUUUAUACGAAAAUAAUUUUAAAAGUAUAUCACAGUGUCCUCUUGAAGAAAAAAGGAUAAAUCACGUGUUUAAAAAAUUUUUAAAUAAUGAAGAUUUAGAUAUUCAUAUAAAUAGAAAUAUGGAUAAUGAAGAGGAAAGUCGAAGAAUUAACGAAAUUAAAGAAAUAAUUAUGAAGUAUGCAAAUAAUAGAGGUUAUGGUAAAGAUGGAGAUUUGACAUCUGAGCAUGUGAUUAAAAAAAAUGAUAAUAAAAAUGGUGAUAACAAAAGUGAUGAUGAUAAUAAAAAUGGUGAUGAUAAUAAAAAUGGUGAUGAUAAUAAAAAUGGUGAUGAUAAUAAAAAUGGUGAUGAUAAUAAAAAUGGUGAUGAUAACAAAAGUGGUGAUGAUAACAAAAGUGAUGAUGAUAAUAAAAAUGGUGAUGAUAAUAAAAAUGGUGAUGAUAACAAAAGUGAUGAUGAUAACAAAAGUGAUGAUGGCAAUUUUUUUGUUGAGAAUAUUACACCAGAAGAAAGAAAUAAAAUAGAUGAAUUUUUAAAAAAACAUAAUUAUCUAUAUAAAAUAGAAAUUCCUACAAAUUUAUAUAGAGAUGAAGGGAAAUUAAAAGUGAAUCCUACGGGUGAUAUAAAUGUACAAAAGGGUGGUGAUUCUAUAAAUAGCCCAGGUAAUAAUAGAAACAGGAAUGAUACGAAUAAUAGUGGUAAUAAUAAUAAUAUAAAUGAUGGUAGUAAUAAUAGUAAUCGUAAUAAUAGUAAUCGUAAUAAUAGUCGUGGUAAUAAUAAUAAUAAUAAUAAUGACGACGACGAUGAUGAUGAUGAUAAUAAUAAUAAUAAUAAUAGAAAUAAUAACAACUUUAGUAGUAGUAAUAAUACAAAUGAAUUAGUUUCAAAAGUAAAAAGACGAAUUAUUGAUUGUAGGAAUAAUAGAUUAAAUUGGGGUUCAACACAAGUUAUUAUAGAUAUUGAUGAUACUAUAAGAUCUAGUGGAGGAUAUAAAUUUUUUAAUUAUAAUUUAGGAGGUGUAGAUGCACAAUAUCAAAGAGGAGAAACUUAUCCAGGAUCUUUUCAAUUUAUUUUUGAAUUAGCUAUGAAUAAGUUAGCUGCAGAAGCUAAACCAUUAUUAUUAUCUGUGUUAACAGCUCGAAUUCCUCAAGUACCCAUAACAGAAGAUUCAUAUUUAAAUAAGAAAUUUAAUGAAGUAGCUGAAAGAAGAGGUAUAAAACAUUGGGGUAUUGAUUGUGAAAAUAAAAUUUUAUAUUCAACUUUGAAAGAAUGGGUUUGGAAUGAAACAAGGGGUGAAAAGAAAUUUUUUAAUUUUAAACAAUUACAUAAAUAUGUAAUACAACAAAAUUCAUUAGUAAGAUAUAUAUGGAUAGGUGAUACAGGUGAUAUGGAUAGACAAGCCGGGGAAUUAAUGAUUAAAACUUUUCCACAAAGAAUUAAAGCUGUUUUUCUUCAUCAUGUCAAAGGCAAAGAUGAUAAUACACUAUUACCAAGUGAUUAUUUUAUAAAAUCAGUACCCAUCUUUUUUUUUCGUACAUAUAUCGGAGCAGCAACCAAAGCUCAUGCAUAUAAUCUAAUCGAUAAAAAAGGAUUAACAAGAGUAUUAGUACAAGCCGUUCUAGAUCUUGAAAAAAGUAAAGUACCAGCAGAUUCAUCAAAAUGGGAAGAUCUAAUAAAAGAUAUUAUUUUAAGUGAUGCAUUAGAUGAACUAGAUAAAUAUAAUGCUGAAACGGUUAAUAGAACUAAAAGAAUUAUAGCACAAAAAAUGAAAGAAAUAUCGGAAAGGAAAUUACAUUUUAUAAGUUAA